AUGAAUAAUACCACAACAAUACUUCAAACUGCCAUUGGAAGGGUCAAUGUGGCAUUGAAUGUUGGGAAACAACCACCAGAAUCAAUGAUAGAUAAUGAUGAUACAGAUGAAGAAAAUAUUGAGGAAAAUAGCAUGUUCUCUAAUGAUAUAAAUGAAGUUUCAUUGAGCAAGCAAAGUAAAACAGAAUCCAAAUGGAAACUAAAGGAUGGUCAUUUAAUUGUUGAUGUUCUUAAUGCCAAGUUCACUGAGAUGGUGAAAUUAGCUUUAGAAAAAGACAAAAAAGAGCAACACAAUUUAUGA